GCGGAGCGGCUCACGUGGGGGCGGGGAGCGGGCUGUCUCGGUUCCGCGGCUGCGUUCUGGGGAGUAGCCGACUGGGAGUCCUGGCAGUUUCUGUACCUGAGGGGCUGGGCCGGAGGCAGCUUUCGGGUCCCCUUCACCCGCGUUGGGGCCUGGGAGCGGGCCCCGGCGGGGCUGACCACCCCUGAGGACGCAGCUGGGGCAUCGGCCAUGGCGCUGCUCGCGGCCGUCGGGCGCGCGACCUGGCGCUCCUGCGGUCACCUCCUCACGUGCCCUUUCUCGCGAGCGGCGGGGCGUGGGGAGCGGCCCGGCGGGGAGGAGCUAGGCCGCCUGCUCCUGGAUGACCUGGCGCCGACCCCGCGGCCGGCCGCGGGGCUGGAGCUUCUGUUCGGCCUGUCCCCGUGUCUCCUGGCUCUGCGGGCCGCCCGCCGCCGCGUGGCCCGGCUCCUCCUCCAGGCCGGCAGGUCAGGGUUGCAGGGGGAGCGGGCCGAGCUGCUGCGCGCGGCUGAGGCGCGAGACAUCCCGGUUCUGCGGCCCAGACGGCGGCAACUGGACGUCCUGUGCCGCUACCAGGUCCACCAGGGCGUCUGCCUGGAAGUGAGCCCGCUGCGGCCCCGGCCCUGGGCUGAGGCCGGCGAGGCUCGGCCAGGAGACGACCCCCAGCAGCUGUGGCUCGUCCUCGAGGGGCUACAGGAUCCCCGGAAUCUUGGAGCCGUGCUGCGCUCCGCUCACUUCCUGGGAGUGGAUAAAGUCAUCACCAGCCGGAAAAACAGCUGCCCGCUCACUCCUGUAGUCAGCAAGGCCAGCGCCGGGGCUAUGGAGGUGAUGGACGUGUUCUCCACUGACGACCUGGCCGGUUUUUUGCAGGCCAAAGCCCAGCAGGGCUGGCUCGUGGCUGGCACGGUGGGCUGCCCGGGGCCUGAGAUCUCCCCAUCCUCCGAGAUCCCCGUCACGAGUUGCUUGGAGUUCCUCUGGGACCGGCCCACUCUCCUAGUGCUGGGGAAUGAGGGCUCUGGUCUGUCCCAGGAGGUGCAGGCCUCCUGCCAGCUUCUCCUUACCAUCCUGCCCGGUCGGCAGUUGCCUCCUGGACUCGAGUCCUUAAAUGUCUCCGUGGCUGCAGGAAUUCUUCUCCACUCCAUUUGCAGCCAGAGGAAGGGUUUCCCUACGGAGGGGAAGAGAUAGCAAGUUCUCCAAGACCCCCAAGAUCCCUCAGCCUCGUCUGAAGGGCCAGGACCGUCCUCAGGAUCAGAAAAGGAGAGGCAGAAUGGGGCUGACUUGGCCCGUCUGGGGGGGGUGUGCGCUAGGGGGCACAGGCAUCCACGCGUGGGAAUAUGCUGGGCUCUCUGGCCUUCUUGCCUGAGUGUGCACCCAGGCCCCUGUUUAUACACCGCUGUCCUGGGGGCUGGGGCUUUGUGGUGGAGACUGGAGGAAGCUUUGGUUUUGGACUUGCAGUUGGAGAUGGCAGCUUGUUAAUUUCUCGGCUGUGCUGGGACAGAGGGCCUCUUUCUUCCCAGACCCUGCCUGGAAGUCAAGGGGAAGUUCAGACAUUGGAAGGGAAUCAGGCCACCCAGGUCAGGGGUCCUCGUCCUCUUGGACCAGUGUGAGAAUGUAGAGGGAAGCCCGGGGCCCUCUCGUGGGCAGAUCCGGGCUCGCACCCUGCCCCAUUGAAGCCCUUGGGCACGUGGCUUCAUCUUUAUGUGUCUUGGGGCCCUUGUCUGCACCUCUCUCGCAGGGCUGUUGUGAGAAUCCAAUAAAACAUCACCUGGUAUCCAGCAGGCCCUCAACCAGCGGGCGGUUCUCUCGGAUUCCUCCAUUAGGUGGCAGCCUCGCACUUUGGUCCAGCGUCUCUUCGUGGAAUCUUUUGCAGCCACCUGGGGAGAGUCCUGGCCGAGGCCCCCCAGAGAGGCAGGGGGAGGAUUAGCAAAUAGCUCCCAUCCCACUGGCCUACCAGUAACCCCCACGGGUGAGUCAUCAGUCAGUCUGCCUCUGUGGAAGGACAGGCUGAACAAGAGCCCUGGCCUUUGAUUCUGGGAGGUGGUGAGGACCUUGCAGUGUUGCUGUUUAUUGUACAACCCAGACAGAUCUGGUACUGUUCCCCCAGAGUCCCACAAGUGGCGCAGGGGCCACUAGGAUAAGUAGCUCAGAGCAGUGUUGGCUGCACAUUGGAACCACCUGGCAAGCUUUAAAAAAACAACUGACACCAGGGACCCACCCCUCCCAUCUGGGUGUAAUGGGUCAGUGUGUAACAUGAACAUCUGAACUUUUAAAGCUCCCUAGAUGGGUCUCUUGUGCAGUCCAGACUGGGAACCGCUCGGUUUCUCAGCCUCGGCGCUACUGACAUGCUGGGCUAGAUAGCUGUUGUGAAGCCCUGUCCUGUGCAUUGUAGGACCUUCAGCAGCAUCUCUGGCCUCUGCCUACAAGCUGCUGGUAGCACCCUCCUCCCCCAAGUUGUGACAACCAAAAAUGUCUCCAGACACUGCCACCAUGUCCCCUGGAGGGCAGAAUCACUCCUAGUUGAGAACCACUGCCCUGGAGCGUGGAUUUGGCGGACAGCAGCCCUCGGUGCAGAUCCUGAUGCUGUGUGAGCUUGGCCGGUUCCUUACCCACCUGCACCUCAGUCCCCUCCUCUGUCAAAGGGGGCUAAUCCUGCCUUCCUGGGUGGCCGGGAGGAUAUGGGGGGAGAUAGGAGCUCAGUGCCUUACACAUCAUAGUGCUUGGUAAGUAGUACUGCCCUUUCCUCUGUGGAAUGGAUUUAUCUUGGAAUUCUAAUGGUGAUUUCAGUUCAGAAAGGCAUUUGAAUUUGUUUUAAAAAGGCCUGAGAUGGCUUUAAAUUCGGAGUUUUUCCUCUCAAGAAGGAGGAAGAAACCCCUUCAUAAACUCCAUAGAUUGCCAUUGCCUGGGUGUCCCUUGAGCUCUGUCUCUGACUGCCACACGGGCUCAGACAUUCACCGGCAUGUCCAUCUUGGGUGUACCACACUGCCUCCCACAUCCCUGCUUGCACGCUUUUUUUUUUUUUUUAAUUUUAUUUUUAAAAAAAUUUUUAUGGGACUUCCCUGGUGACAUGGUGGUUAAGAACCCACCUGCCAGUGCAGGGGACAUGGGUUCGAUCCCUGGGCCAGGAAGAUCCCACAUGCCGCAGAGCAACUAAGCCUGUGCACCACAGCUACUGAGCCCAUGUGCUGCACCUACUGAAGCCCACACACCUAGAGCCCAUGCUCGGCAACAAGAGAAGCUGCUUCAAUGAGAAGCCUGCUCACCGCAACGAAGAGUAGCUGCAACUAGAGAAGGCCCGUGUGCAGCAGCGAAGACCCAAUGCAGCCAAAAAUAAAUAAAUAAGUAAAGCAUUAAAAAAAUAAA